UCAGCAGCUCCACAUCCCCAAACAAGCACUCAACCGGAACUACGUUUCAGUGCUAAAAAAUGGCGUGCAGUGCUUCGACCUGCCAAUCCAACUGCUACCGAAACGAAGAACACGAAGACGAAUCGUCACUUCCAUCACCAAAAUCAAUCGCCAACAACGGCAAUCACCAUGGCCUCUGCUUCAAGUGCAAGACCAACCGCCCUAUGUCCUCCUCCUCCGGCGACGGCGAGAGGUUCUGCGGCGACUGCUUUCGGAGCAAUCUCUUCUCGAAGUUUCGACAGGCCGUCACCUCCAACGCCAUGAUCACGCCCACUGAUAACGUCCUCGUCGCCUUCUCCGGUGGCGCUUCUUCCAGGGUUGCUCUGCAGUUUGUACAUGAAAUGCAGCAAAGAGCCCAGAAGAAUUUUGAGGCAAGUAUGGAUAGAUCAUUGCCAGUAUUCGGUGUAGGAGUUGCAUUUGUUGAUGAAAGUGCCAUCUGUUCUGUUCCUUCAUGUGAAGUUUCCCAAGGAUUUGAAGAAAUAAGAGAUAUUGUGUCAAAUCUAGCGCCGCCAACCAAAGAAUUACUUAUUGUUCCGAUUGAAAGUGUUUGCUCUUCGGAGUCAAAUGAUGGGAAGGAUCAACUAAGAAAGUUGUUGGAUGCUGUUACCGAUGCCACUGGUAAAGAAGAUCUUCAGGCUCACCUACGGAUGCUGUCUUUACAAAAGGUUGCCUCUGAAAAUGGAUACAACAGGCUUGUCUUAGGAUCGUGCACAUUGAGGAUUGCUUGCCAUGUUAUUUUAGCUACAGUCAAGGGGAAGGGGUAUUCUUUACCAGCAGAUAUUCAGUAUGUUGACGCAAGGUGGAAUGUCCCUGUAGUGCUUCCACUUCGAGAUUGUCUAGCGGCGGAGCUGAACAUGCUUUGCCACCUUGAUGGCUUUAAGACUACGGAGGUGAUUAGAAGUCCUUGCACUGGAAUCAAUGGCUUGGUCUCAUCAUUUGUGAAGUUGUUGCGGGAAGAAAAUCCUUCUCGAGAAAGCACAAUUGUGAGGACAGCUGGGAAGCUCACUCCAUUUCAUUUCAACAGGAUUCCGGAGAUCAAUGACAGUAACGUCCCUUUGGCCACUCGAAGGCGUCAGAAGAGACAUAAUCUUAAGCCAAAUGAAUCUAUUUCAUCAGAGUCGUUCUGUUCUAUCUGCAAUAGCCCGCUUAGUAGAUCUGAUCUGCUGAGUUUAGGCAAUGUCGAGACUUGUCAUACAAAUUCGGUUGUUUUUAGUGCUGAAUGCUGCUCGAGUUGUCAGUUUCAGAUACUUCCCAAGGAUCCGGUAUUGGUGGAGAAUUUCCGUACGCUUUUACCCCAGACAUUACUUUCACAAGCAAAGCAUAGCAAGGCUGACAAUCUCAGUUUAUUGAGGGCACAAAUACAAGAUUGUUUGCUUUCAGACGCUCAAGAUGAUGAAACUUAAUUUUUGUUGCUUAAUAUUUUCAAAGCUUUUGUGUUCUAAAUUAUUCAUAUCCGAGCGCGGUCUCUACAUUUUACUUGGGGCAUGGUUUCAGAGAAGAUUCAAGAAUCUUGUUCUCACGAGCCAAUUGUGAGCACUGCUUGGCUUGAGAAACUUUUCCGAUUUGUUAAAUUAUAAUGUUGUGUGACAAUACUAGACUUGCUAGUUCUGUUCACAGAUUUAAACGAGAAAGAAAUAUGCGCUACUAAACUUACAUCUUUAGUUUUAUUGGUCUUUAUUUUUAAUAAUAUCCAAAGAGAGAAAAAUAAGGAUAAAAUCUGUGUAGUGAGAUAUAAA